UUGCCGGGCGUGAAGUCGGCGUCCUCGAGGUUCGCGAAAAGGCGCCUGAGCUUCCUUCCGUGGCUCCGCGGGGGAAGCCGCCUCAGCCCGCGCGGGACGGCAAGGCUGGCAGCCUCAGCCUCCAAGCCCUGAACCUCUCUCUCUCUCUCUCUUUCUCUCUCUCUCCCACCUUCCGGCCAUCGAGGCCGGCGUGAAACUUCCCGAGAGCUUCAUCCCGGGGCUUGUCCUUUCCCGGCCGGCGGAGGCUGGCAGGAGGAUGACGUCACCGGAUCAGGCUGACCGGCAAUGGGCGCCAUUUUGAAACCCCCGAACCUCCGGCGGCGUCGGCGCUGGCUGUGGCGGCAGCCGCAGCACCAGCAGCUCCACCAGCAGCAGCAGCAGCAGAAGCGGCGGCGAAAGAGGCGCUUGUAGCGGCUUCCCCAUCCGUCCCCGUUGAUUCUUCCGUUCCGCGGGCUUUUGCAGCCGGCGGGUCUCCGCCAGCCCACACGCCGCGCAACAUGGCAGCAGGGGUGGCCGGCGGCGGCGGAGGCGUCGCCGGCGGCGGCAACGAUUUCCAGUGGUGCUUCUCGCAGGUGAAGGGGGCGAUCGACGAGGACGUGGCGGAAGCUGACAUUAUCUCAACGGUUGAAUUUAAUUACUCUGGAGAUCUUCUGGCAACAGGAGACAAAGGUGGCAGAGUGGUUAUAUUUCAAAGGGAACCAGAGAAUAAAAGCCGUCCUCAUUCAAGGGGAGAAUAUAAUGUUUACAGUACCUUUCAGAGUCAUGAACCUGAGUUUGACUACUUGAAAAGUCUAGAAAUUGAGGAAAAAAUUAAUAAAAUUAGGUGGUUACCACAACAGAAUGCUGCUCACUUCUUAUUAUCUACAAAUGAUAAAACUAUUAAAUUAUGGAAAAUCAGUGAAAGGGAUAAAAGAGCUGAAGGUUAUAACUUGAAAGAUGAAGAUGGACGACUUCGGGAUCCAUUUAGAAUCACAGCGCUACGGGUGCCAAUAUUGAAACCCAUGGAUCUCAUGGUAGAAGCAAGUCCCCGAAGGAUAUUUGCAAAUGCACACACAUAUCACAUAAACUCUAUUUCAGUAAAUAGUGAUCAUGAAACAUACCUUUCUGCAGAUGACCUAAGAAUCAACCUGUGGCAUUUAGAAAUCACAGAUAGAAGUUUUAAUAUUGUAGACAUAAAGCCUGCUAAUAUGGAGGAAUUAACAGAAGUGAUAACUGCAGCAGAGUUUCAUCCUCAUCAUUGUAAUGUGUUUGUCUACAGCAGUAGCAAAGGAACUAUUCGGCUCUGUGAUAUGCGUUCUUCAGCCCUUUGUGAUAGGCAUUCAAAAUUCUUUGAGGAGCCUGAAGAUCCCAGCAGCAGAUCAUUCUUUUCAGAAAUAAUAUCUUCAAUAUCAGAUGUAAAAUUCAGUCACAGUGGUCGAUACAUGAUGACCCGAGAUUAUCUUUCAGUUAAAGUAUGGGAUUUAAAUAUGGAAAACAGGCCAGUAGAGACCUAUCAGGUUCAUGAAUAUCUUCGAAGCAAACUCUGUUCACUGUAUGAGAAUGAUUGCAUCUUUGAUAAAUUUGAAUGCUGCUGGAAUGGUUCUGAUAGUGCCAUUAUGACUGGCUCCUAUAACAACUUCUUUAGGAUGUUUGAUCGGAACACACGGCGAGAUAUUACAUUAGAGGCCUCAAGAGAAAGUAGCAAACCUCGAGCCAUCUUAAAACCCCGGAAAGUGUGUACAGGUGGCAAAAGAAAGAAAGAUGAAAUAAGUGUUGACAGUCUGGACUUCAAUAAGAAGAUCCUUCAUACAGCAUGGCACCCUGCGGAGAACAUCAUUGCUGUAGCUGCAACCAAUAACUUGUAUAUAUUCCAAGACAAAAUUAAUUAAAGACGGCUUAUUUGAGGACAGAGUUGUCGUCUUGAAUAGUUAAGCUCUGUUGUUUAUCUGUCAGAGAUGGCCUUGUUGUCCUUCCAGUAAAGAACAUUGAUGCACUUAUUUCCCUUUAUAGGCAAAGGAGAGAAACUGGCCUGGACUUGAGUUCGUGGUGUAUUUCUGCCUUCAGUGAGGGGGGAACAUGGAAUUGAUUUUUGUAAACAAGGAAAGCCCACUGGAAGCAGAAUUGAUGGACAAUACUUAAUAAAAGUCAAUAUUAAAAAAAAAUGUAUUUAUUUAAGUCUGAGCCUCCCUUUCCAGUUGAUAGACCAAAAAUCUAACACCCAAGAAACAAAUUGUCAUAAAAAUGUAAUUUUUAUCUCACAUGCUCUUUAUCUGCUGUAAUAUUUGGGCCUUUCAGAACAUAUAUUUGUGCUUUAUGCCUGUAAACAUUCUUUCUCUGGCCUUCAUCUAAGCUUUAGGUGUUUCUACCUUUGAGCAUAUAGGUAAGUCUAGAGUUGGGUGUGUAGACAGGUUUUUCAUGUAUAUUUACUCACCAACUGUAUAACCACACCUUCUGGUGUAAACCACUUAAUAAAAAUAACAAACUAUAAAAAAAGUGUUUUUAAAUCUGAAAGUAUGUAUUCAGUCUUUUUUAUUGCAUGUAUUGAGAUUGUGCAAGAUACCUGAUGGAAAGAUUUGAAGUUUGUCCCCAAAAAAAUAUUUAUUAUACAAAACGAGCAGUUUUGGGUGAUGUCCUACUGCUUCAAACUCUAAAUUGAAAUUUGUAUCCAGCUGUCGUCUUUACCCUAGUUUGUAUUGCUUUUCUAUGUUUAAAAGAAGAUAUCAUAUGGUAUGCACAAAAGAGGUGAUGUGAAAAACAGCCCGUUUUCUUACAUGUAGCCUUAAACAAUGGGCCAUGUACAUCAGAACCUUCAAUAAUCAUUGUUUUGGUUAAUAGUAAAUAUGCUUUACAAUUAAUGGUAAUGUGCAUACAUGAAUGUGCAUUACAUUUUUUACCCUUAGUUCUAUGUUUUCAAGAAGAUGGGUUUUUUUAAUACUAAACUAGGCAUAAGCAGAUGCAAGCAUAUUGCCCCUGAAGCUCAACCUUGUAUGUUAUUAUAAUUAAUUAUGCCAAACAGGAGCACAUUUAGAUAUAUUUCAACUCUUAAUCUGGGCCUGUGACACCAGGAGACCUACACUUGGUUGUCUUAAGGCUGAUGUGGAAAUGCAUUAAUGCUAAGUUUCCACUAGGAAUGGGGGCAAAGAAAAAUACAUCUCUUUUAUGAUAUUUUUUUCAUAGAAGUAGGAAUAGCUCCCAGUAUUUCACUGUAAACAUCUCUGGGAGUAAACCUAAAAAAUAGCAAUGGGCACAAUUUUAAUAAACUACAUAUCUUCCACUUUCUGUAAAGUUAACUGCUGAAUGUGCCUAUGAGAUCCCCCUUAAAAUUCAGGCCCUUUGAGCUUCCUGAAGAUAAGAUAGGGUGAUUUGUUAAUGCUCUAAAUUAAAUGAAGGUUUAAUAUGAUUAUUAAAAGUAUGAGUAUGCAAGAAGAAUGUGUCUCUGAUCCUAUCCUGUCAAUGUUCAUGGAGUGCCACUCGUCCUCAAAAUCUAACACCAAUUUGGUGGAUCGAAAAAUAAAAAUCAUAUACUGUAUACCAGUUGUGACACUAUUUGCAAAUCUUGAAAUGUGGAACCUAUAGGUCAUUUAACCAAUAGAUUGACUUUGUUCCCUCCCUGACUUCCUGCAAAACAAAUACAAUGGGUUUGUAUAUAAUUGUUCUAUUAUUUUGAUCAAAAAGUUUAAUAAAUUUUAAAUGUUUA